AUGAAGAAGAACCCUGUGCUGAAGAAAGUUGUCGAAUCGAUUAAUCUGGUAUCUACUGCUCAUUCCUUUGAGAAGAAAUCGAAUCUAGCUGUUCUGGAAAACCUGCCCGAUGCGAAAAACCCGGAUCAAGUUAGUUCCGAUUUUAAUCUGGUUAAAUCUUUCUCCCUUGAAUUCUCUCUCCCUGUUCCCACUGAAGUUUUUAGAGUUGCUACCAAAAAUUCCAAAAUCAUUUCCCGGCCAACUAAAGUUCGUUUCAAUUCUGAAUCCCUUCGCGAUGAAUUUCUUACUGGUUUCUAUAAAAAUUGGCGCAACUUUUCCUCUAUUCCGCAAUCUCCUCGACCCAUCCGUGCGCGUAGGGACUUGACUCCCCUCGAGCUUGUCGCGCUUCGUGAACUCCGUAAGGAGGCCUACGAAGCGAACCAGGCUGCGGGCUGCAUUGCGCACGUUAUCCGGGAUCUUGAAAUUGUGGACCUGAUCUAUCCUCGUCCUUUUCCGAUGAACCCAAUUUCAAUCCCUCUCGCCGCAUAGGGAGACGGCCGCCUGACACUGAAUGAUUUAACGCCUCUUUCAAAUGACAUCCCAACACAACAAACAUCACAAUUAAAUACAAAACUUAAACAUAACUCAAAGGCGGCUCUCGUCUGUGUUUCAAAGCCCAAGCUGGUUAAUUGCAUGUAGGCUAAUGCUCGUUCCAUUGCAUCGCUUGAAAAACUUGAAUUUGUCCAUAAGUUCGUAGCCUCUAAUAGUUUAGACAUCUUGUUUGUUACCGAAACAUUUCUAAGUAAUGCUUUUACUGAUUUCUCAUGCUCUUCACCUCACUAUACCUGCAUAAGAUCUGAUCGGCUUGAGUGCCAUCCAAAAAAUGCGGCGGAGGUACUGCUGUGUUUUUUCAUAAAAAAUGGGCUCUUACGCCUGUCUCAAUUGCACCUUCCUUUUAUCUCUCGCAUUUUUGUCAAAUUCUGGCAUUAGACCAUAAGCAAUCCAAAACUAGAUUUAUACUGAUAUACCGCCCCCAUCCACUACCGCAAGUAGAACCGCUGAGCUCUUUAAAAAUCUAAACCAGCUUCUCGACUGCCCCUCCUAUACUUAUGUCCUCCUCGGUGAUUUCAAUUUUGCAAACACCAAGUGGAAUUCAAAUUUUCUUCCCACGGGCUCUGAGUAUUUCUAUAAUUGGAUGAAAUUUCAUGAUCUGGCACAAAUGGUAAAUUUUCCGACUCGGUUUUCCAAAUUAAACAGUGGCACGUUUCUUGAUCUCAUAUUUACAAAUAAUUCCGGUGUUUUACAAAAUUUAAAACCGGGUACUCCAUUUAUAAACUCAGAUCAUAUUUCCAUUUUCUUCUCCUUAUCUCUCCCCCAGCCCACUCCUGCUCAUUCUGCCCCUCCCAAGUCUUUUAUGAAUUUCAGAAAAUGUGAUUUUUUCAACCUCAAUGGAUACAUGGUGUCAUACAAUUGGCCUAAACAGCUAUCAUUCUUUGCUCCACCUGAUUCUAAGCUUAAUCAUUUUCUCAACAUUUUUAAUGAGCUUAUCUCUGAUUUCACUCCCCAAUAUCCAACAUUAAGAGUUCAAAGUCCAAAAGUUACAGGUAGGAAAUUAUACAGAAAACUUCGUAAGCAUCACCCAGACACUGAAUCCUCAGUUUUGAAAAAGAGAGUUAAAUCAAGAUUAAAAUUCCUCAAAAAGAAAAAUAUGGCUUUUGAAAAUAAAUUAAUUCACUCUAAGAACUCUAAAAGUCUAUUCUCUUACAUUAGAAAUCGUAUAAAGCCUUCCAGUUCUCUCACUCAUUUCUCUGUAGACAAUAAUAAUGUUGAUAAACCGAUUGAAAUGGCGGAAGUAUUAGUUAAAGAGUUUUCAAAAAGUUUUGUUACUCAUGAUCCACCCUUCCCAACUUUUCCUUCCUGUGAGAGCACACCGUCCCCAGUAGAUACAUCGCCAUUAACUAUCGCGAGUACCAUUCUUAAACUAAAACCCAAAAUAGGUUAUUCCCUUGACAACAUAAAUUUUUUUAUUUUAAAAAAGUGCUGCGAUUCCAUUUCUAUUCCUUUAUCUCUAAUUUUUAAAGAAUUCAUAACUACGAAUUCAUUCCCAUCCUGCUGGAAAACCUCAAUUGUGAUACCUGUACACAAAAAGGGCAACAGUAGUGACCCCAAAAACUAUAGGCCCAUAGCCUUGACUCAUCCAUUGUCCAGAUUAUUCGAAAGAAUAGUAUUAAAUCCUACCAGGAAAACAUUCUCCCAUAAGAUAUCCAAAUUUCAGUUUGGAUUCUUAAACAAUAGAUCGUGUAUAACUGCCCACCUAAAUGCUUCAUCUAAUUACCAUAAAAUUCUUUCGGUACCCAAUCAGUUUGUUGAUAUUAUCCUUUUCGAUUUCGCUAAGGCGUUCGAUUCGGUGCCACACGAGCUUCUUUUAUGCAAAUUGAGAAACUUCGGUUUCGAUGAUAACAUUUGCUUGUGGUUUAAAGCCUUUAUAUCAGAUCGCGUCUCAAAAGUGAAAAUUGGUGAUUCCUUGUCAAAUUCUUCCUUCAAGAACUCUUCUGGUGUCCUACAAGGCACUGUCACUGGACCCUUUCUUUUUUUGGUCUAUAUAAAUGACCUUCUUGAUCUAUUCCCCCCUGAUGUUCACGUUAUUGCAUUUGCCGACGACCUCAAACUUUUCAGCAAUAACUGUCAAAGCUUGCGGUCAUCUAUAAAAAUAAUUGAAAACUGGUGUAAAAUUUGGCAGCUCAAGCUAGCCGAAAAUAAAACAAAGGUACUUCAUGUUGGUAAGAAAAACCCAAAAUAUAAAUAUUAUGUAAACGGACAAAAUAUUGAAUGUUGUUCUAAAGCCUGUGAUCUUGGCAUAUGGGUCGAUGAUCAAUUAGCUUAUGAAAAACACAUUCUAGUCAAAGUAAAUGCAGCAAUGUUUAAAUGCCGCCAAAUACUCAAAAACUUCCGCUCUCUUAAUAUGAUGUUCUACUUCAAAUUAUUUAAUACUUAUAUUAGACCAAUUCUGGAAUACGGAUGUGAAAUUUAUCAUCCUAAAUCUGCUUCCCUGACCAAAAAAUUAGAGCAGCCCCUACGUUACUUUUCUAGGCAUGUUUUCAAGAAAUGUAAAACUCAAUACGAUUCAUAUGAGCAUCGCCUCAAUCAGUCAAACCAGCAGUCCUUGAAGCACAGACGAGUCUUCCUUAUAUUGAAAACAUUCCACAACAUAAUAACCGGCAAAUAUCAUUUUCCAAAUCUAGCCCUCUAUCUUAAAAAUUCCAAAUCUCCCCGGUUUCCAUAUCAAAUGACUGCAAUAGGCAAAACAAAUAACAACAGUUUUCUCCACACACAUCUUACAAUAUGGAAUUUAGUAACAAAACAUUUCCCGGUGCCAGUGUCAGGCUAUACGUUCUCCAAGCGCAUUUCUUGCCUCCCUCUUGAAUCUUAUGUAUGA